AUGGAUCUAUUCGCAUUUUUGGAUGAGGCUGCUCCCGAAGAUGUGCCUAUGGACGUGCAGGCAGAGAACAGUACGGCCAAUGGUCACUCGGACAGGCGGAAACGCAAGGCAGAGUCUCCAGCACCGUCAAGAUCCCCUACUCCAGUGGCUAGUUCGCAAGAAAGGGACGGAGCACCAGAGGAGGGUCCUCCCACAAAGAGGCCGCGUGUAGCCUCGCCAAAACCCAUGGUCGUGGACGAGGUCGAGAUUGAAGCGAAGCGAGAAGUUGCUGCCAGCGCGGGCCUCACUGGGGGCGCAGAGGGUGGGCUGCGUCUUGAGCUUAAACAUCAGGUCCGGCACCAAGUCGCAGUCCCCCCUGGAUACCCAUACGUGCCAAUAGCAAAUCAUGUCCCUCCAGCAAAACCGGUGCGGGAAUACAAGUUCACACUGGAUCCUUUCCAACAAGUCUCCGUCCACGCAAUACAACGAAACGAGAGUGUAUUGGUCUCUGCUCAUACCAGUGCUGGAAAGACGGUCGUAGCGGAGUAUGCUAUCGCACAAUGUCUUCAAAGCAAGCAGCGUGUCAUCUACACGAGUCCCAUCAAGGCUAGUAGUCACGUCCCUGUACCGUACCUUCACGCCCUGAGUAACCAGAAAUACCGAGAAAUGUUAGCUGAGUUCGGCGACGUCGGUCUGAUGACCGGGGACGUCACGAUCAACCCUUCAGCGACAUGUCUAGUGAUGACAACCGAAAUUCUACGUUCCAUGCUGUACAGGGGCUCCGAAAUCAUGCGGGAAGUCGCAUGGGAACGUGGCGUGGUCUGGGAGGAGACCAUCAUCCUUCUACCGCACACUGUACGCUACGUCUUCCUGUCCGCUACGAUUCCGAACGCCAUGCAGUUCGCGGAGUGGAUAUGCAAGUCGCACGAGCAGCCCUGUCACGUCGUGUACACCGACUUCCGACCGACGCCACUGCAACACUACCUGUUCCCUGCGGGCGGCGAGGGCAUCUACCUCGUAGUCAACGAGAAGAGCGAGUUCCGAGAGGACAAUUUCAGCAAGGCUAUGGGCAUGCUACAGGAGAGGCAGGGCGAUGACCCCGCGGACCCGAAGAGUGGGAAGGGUCGCAAGGGGAAGUCCAAGAAGGGUGGCGACAAAAAAGGCUCGUCGGACAUCCAGAAAAUCGUAAAGAUGAUCAUGCUGAAGAACUACAACCCGGUCAUCAUCUUCGCCUUCAGCAAGCGCGAGUGCGAGGGCCUCGCGCUGACCAUGUCUAAGAUGGAGUUCAACUCGACGGACGAGCAGGAUCUUGUCACGAGCAUCUUCAACAACGCGAUUGACAACCUCGCGGAGGACGACCGCAAGCUCCCGCAAAUAUUGAACCUCUUGCCCCUUCUGAAACGCGGUAUCGGCAUUCACCACGGCGGGCUUCUCCCCAUCUUGAAAGAGGUCAUAGAAAUUCUCUUCCAAGAGGGUCUCAUCAAGGUCCUCUUCGCAACAGAAACGUUCUCCAUCGGGCUCAAUAUGCCGGCUAAGACGGUCGUCUUCACCGCCGCACGUAAGUUCGACGGGCGGGAGUUCCGCAACCUGUCGUCGGGCGAGUACAUUCAGAUGUCCGGGCGCGCCGGCCGUCGUGGCCUCGACGAUCGCGGCGUGGUCAUCAUGAUGUGCGACGAAAAGCUCGAGCCGAGCGCAACGAAGGAGAUGAUCAAGGGCGAGGCGGACCGGCUCGACUCCGCGUUCCACCUCGGCUACAACAUGGUGCUCAACCUGAUGAAGGUGGAGGGUAUCAGCCCCGAGUUCAUGCUGGAGCGAUGCUUCUUCCAGUUCCAGAGCAGCAUGGGAGUGCCGCUGCUCGAAGACGAACUUCGCCGCGAAGAAGAGCGGAAGCAGUCGAUUGUAGUCGCUGACGAGGAGAGCGUUGCGGAGUAUUACGAAUACCGCCAGCAGCUGGAUCAGAUGGGCCAGGACUUCAGAGACGUCAUCACGCACCCGAACUACAGCCUCCCGUUCUUCCAGCCCGGCCGCCUGGUGUGGAUCAAGUAUAAAGACCUCGACUUUGGCUGGGGCGCUAUCGUCAACUAUCAGAAGCGCCUGCCGCCGAAGAACGUGCCCGUUGCGGGAUUGGAUGAUGUACCGCCGCACGAACAGUACAUCCUGGAUGUCGUUCUGAGAUGCGCCGAGAGUUCGUCAUUACCGAAGGACCGGAACAUCACUGUUGCGACACCUGGCGGAGUGCAGCCAUGUUCGAAGGGCCAGAAGGGCACCCCGCUCAUUGUCCCUGUGUUCCUCUCGACAGUCAAGGCAGUCAGCCGCUUGCGUACCAACCUACCGAAGGACCUACGCCCUCUCAAUGCCCGUGAGACCGUGCAGAAAAUCGUGCAGGAGGUUGAGCGCCGCUUCCCUGACGGUCCUACUCUGCUCGACCCCGUACAAGACAUGGAGAUUAAUGACGACAAGUUCAAGGCCCUCGUGAAGAAGAUUGACCUCAUGGAGAGCAAGCUAGUCUCGUCUCCUUUACACAAGGAUCCGCGUCUCCCUGAGCUGUACACCGCGUACAAGCGCAAGCAGGAGUGUCAAACGAAGAUUCGCGAGCUGAAGAAGCGGAUACAGGCGACGAAUGACGUGCUUCAGAUGGAGGAGCUCAAGUGCAGAAAACGCGUGCUCAGGCGGUUAGGCUUCACGACGAGCGCCGACAUCGUGGACAUGAAGGGACGAGUUGCGUGCGAGAUCAGCACAGGCGAUGAGCUCCUAUUGACAGAGCUGAUCUUCAACGGCGUCUUCAACCCGCUGAGUCCGGAACAAUGCGCAGGGCUCCUGAGUUGCUUCGUAUUCACGGAGAAGAGCGAACAAGUCACCAAGCUGAAAGAGGAACUUGCUGCCCCUCUGCGCGUCAUGCAAGAGAUUGCACGGCGGAUCGCCAAGGUGUCAAAAGAGUCCAAAUUGCCGAUCAACGAAGACGACUACGUGAAGUCGUUCAAAGUCGAACUCAUGGACGCAGUUGUGCAAUGGUGCCGCGGUGCAUCAUUCGCAGAUAUCUGCAAGCUCACGGACCAGUUCGAAGGAUCGCUCAUCCGUGUAUUCCGCCGUCUCCAGGAGCUUAUCCGGCAGAUGGCCCAGGCGGCGAAGGUCAUUGGGAACAGCGAACUGCAAGAAAAGUUCGAGAAGGCGAGCGAGAUGCUCGAAAGGCCGAACUCCGUCAUCUUCUGCUCGUCCCUGUAUCUCUAGAAGCUCAAGAAGCUUCCGUCAUGACUCAUCGUCGGUCUGCAUGUUUUCGUAGAGCUACAUUGGAUGUGUUUGUCAUUUGCAGUAUUCUUUACCACAGUACAGCCCGUGUACGCCUGUUCACAUGCCCAGUUGCAGAGUUAUAUGUAGCGUAACAGGAUUGCUUCAUGCCGAUGUCCUUUAGUCCAAUCUGCCGCACGUCUAGCACGCACCCUCAUCCACCCAGACACCAGCUGUAUUGAUUUCCUGUCAGCUUCGCUGUUUCACUCGACAUUUCGAAUCAACGCACCUGAGCCGCCCGGGGUAUCGCCG